AUGACUCGACUACUUCACCGACUUGCUGGUUUCGUCGCCCUCACUUGGGCAACCAUCGCGAAUGCUCAAUCAGCUCUAAACACCAGCACUCCUGGCAUCCAAGACAUAAGUUUUGGCGUCGGGUGCGGUGAAGGCGACUACCCGACUUUCACAAACGACUCGACCAAGCAACCCCGGUUUGCGUACACGGUCACGAAUCGGCUGGCAGACUUCAUCUCGGUGCACUUCACCAAUUUCAAUCUUCCCAAGAGCGACUACAUUCAGAUACGUGCGGCCAAUCCGAACGACCAGGAAACGACUGUGCUAAGGUACAACGGGUACGACACCAGUGGUGUCUUCUACUCCACAGCUCUCCAGACUACGUCCAUCGUCGUUGAGCUGUUCACUGCAAACGCCGAUCCCGCUGUUGGCGCACAAGCAGUGAACACGUUCCUGUGUAUGGGUUUCACCGUUGAUAAUUACCGAUUCCUAGCGCAACCAGCGAACAACGCCUUGUCCGGCCUAGAGGAGGUGUGCGGCGCAGAUGAAAGUCAGCAAGCGGUAUGCUACGUGGCUGACGUGAGUGCGUUCAAGGCUGCAGGUGCUGUGGCUCGCUUGUUGAUCCACAAGUCAACGGGCUCUUAUUUCUGCACGGGCUGGCUGGUGGGAUCGGAAGGCCACCUCAUUACGAACAACCAUUGCAUUUCAGAACAAGCACACGCUAGCAACACGGAGUUCGAGUUCAACGCCCAAGGUGCGACUUGCAGCACCAACUGUAACCGGGGUAUGGCAUGCGGCGGUAGGGUGCGAGCGAGAUCAGCGACGCUCAUUUACGCUGACGCAGCACUCGACUAUGCUCUUGUUAAGCUUCCGAUUAACUUGUCCGGUGAGUACGGAUACUUGCAGAUGCGCGAAACGGGAGCAGUGCUAUCCGAACGAAUCUACAUUCCUCAACACCCUGCUGGAUGGGGCAAGCGUAUCGCUUUGAAGACAGACAAUGGGUGGGGCACCGUAACUUCGUUGACCAGAAGCGGCUGUGCAAGGGACCAGGUCGCCUACAUGCUUGACACACAGGGUGGUUCUUCUGGUUCACCCGUCCUUGCUUGGUCCGACAAUUCAGUCGUCGCCUUGCACCACUGCGGUGGAUGUCCCAACACGGCUAUCAAUGCGAACAAGCUCAUUACCGACAUGAGGACACGCAACAUUCUUCCGGAGAACGCCGUGUACGUUGCGGCGUCAGUUCCAACUUCUGCUCCUACCACUUCGCCUCCGACCCAAGCCCCAACUACUGCUCCUGCUCCAACCACCAAGACACAAGUGGACGGGACGAUCACUUCGACUGCUACGUUCACGUCCGUGGACUACGUGGACUUUAAACUCUCGUCAGAGGCAGCAGUGGAGCUCGAUAUCCUCUCAAUGGAAGAGAAGGCGGGCGGAGGUUACGUGGACGUCAACGGGGAUUGCAACGCUGGGUAUCUUGACUCGAGUAUCAUUCUCUUUAGCCUUGACGCUGCCGCUGGCGCGACGACUGUCGUCUCUGCAAACGAUAACGCCCCCAACGGCUAUGGAAGUGCCGAUGGAUCGAUCAGCAACGCCGACUCGUAUCUGUACGUGAAGCUCUCAGCUGGCAACUACCGAUUGGCAAUCAGCGCAUCGGGUCUCACUCCAACACAAGCAGCAAGCAAGCAAAUGCCGUUGUCUCCUAACGUUCGCGUUUGUGACAAGGGAACAUCAAACUAUGGCAGCUACAGACUCACCGUCAGUACCAGUGCGACCAUCACUGGUACUUCUCCAGGCACCUACAUUGGUUCCCAGUGCAGCGUCGCGGCUCCGAACGCCCCAUACACUCAAUGUCCGUACCACCGAGAAGCAGCUCUCGCCUAUGCCACUGGCGUCGAGGGAUCAAUCGUCCGUAGUCAACGUGCUGUGUCCGUGGACUACAUCCCAUUCACCGUUCCUGCUUUCAACCGCAUCACAAUGGAGAUCGCAUCGUAUGGAAGUGCCGACGGCAACAGCUUCAUCGAUAUCAACGGAAACUGCCAGAGCGCGUACAUCGACGCUGUGGCCUACCUGUUCCGCGCCAAUUCAGCUGAUUUGUCAGUCGCUGACCUCGUGAACUCUGGUGACGACGAUGACAACUUUGUGAAUCGCUCUCACUACCGCUCCAUCAGCUUCCGCGACCCGUACAUCUCACUGGCUUUGCCCAAAGGUGACUACGUUCUCGUUGUUGGACGCUACCCAUUGAGUCUUGAGGAUGCCAUCGCGCGUAAAAGCUCAACUUCCGUUGAUAAACUCACUCCGGAGUCCUGCGGCAAGAAAUCCGAUCGUGGCAACUAUCUCGCCAUCUUGAGUUCUGGUGAAAAGAUGAAUAUCACCUCACCCCGCUCAUUUUCCGGCAGCCGAUGCCGCAGCAACAUUGGCAAACAGGUUUGCACAGCUUAA